AUGACUACUUCUGCUUCCAUUGCCAUUUCAAUCUCCACCACUAGGAAUGCUUCAGCCUUAACUUCCACUACUGCUUCUGUUCAGCCAAACUUUGUCUCUCUGCCACAGCCUCAGACUUUGGCAGACCGAAUUUCUCUGAGAUAUACUAUGCCUUGGCAAGCAAUAAUCAUAAACUGUGGCAAUCAAAUUUGCAGUGGCUCAAUUAUUAGCAAUUCUUGGGUUCUCACUGCUGCCCAUUGUGUCAGGAACAUGAAUCCUGAAGAUACUGUGGUGAUACUGGGCCUUAGGUAUCCUGGGGCACCUCUGAGAGUUUUGAAAGUGUCUAACAUUCUACUGCAUGAGAGGUUCCGGUUGGUGAGUGGAAUAGCAAGAAAUGAUAUAGCAUUGCUGCUCCUUCAAGGAACUCCAACUUCCAUUCAGACCUUAGCACCCUUGGGUCAUGUAAAAAAUUUGAACAGUACAGAAUGUUGGCUUUCUGGGCCACGAAUUCUUAAAUCAGGAGAGACAGAUGAGCAUCCAGAAAUAUUACAGAUGCACAUGAUGCAAGCUUCAAAUUGUGUCUCCCUCUACCCUGACUUAGGUAGAUCUAUUGUAUGCUUCUAUACUCAAUCCAAAAAUGCUGAAACAAAUGUGGAUCCAGUGAGUCCAGGAAGUGCUGUUAUGUGCAGACCAAUAUCUGGUGGUAAAUGGAAACAAAUAGGCUUGACUAGUCUCAAAUCUCUAGCUACCAUCGUGAGCCCACAUUUGUCCUGGAUCUUAACCACUUCAGCAAAAUCAGGACAUCCCUUAAAUCAUGAAAUUAUACCUUUAGUGGAAUUACCCAAAUCUUCUUGUCCCCUAAAACAGACAAAUACAUUGUUAACUUUUUUGAUAAUGAUUAUUGUACUCCAGAGUUUUUUGUAG